AUUUUAUAAUUGCUUAUCUAAAUCAUCACCACUAAUUUUAGACUCUGAUUUGAAAUCCGCGCUAGCUGGCAGUGAAUCGGGCAAUACCAACAUAACGAAAACGAACUGGAAUGUCACUAGGGGAUUUAUUUUAAUUAGAAAAUCUCGAGUGUUAUCUGCAAUCGCGAAUUAAUGAUAUGUUUUCGAUCUGGAAUGAGAUAUGAACUUUGUUUUUCGGUUCUGGUGAAUCUGGUGAUAAAUAAUUUGCCGAAUUUGUCGCAGAGUGUCGGUGAGUCACCUCAUUCUCGUCACCAAUCGCCGCACUGAGAGAAGUUAGUCGUUGUCGGGAUUGUCGGGAAUCAAAAUGACAUAGAGGGUGUUGUCCGGUGUUCAAUUCUUUAAAAUUUCAUUACAAUUCAAACAGAAGCGAUUCGAAUAGCAUGUGCGUAUAGCGUCUUUUGUUAAUUCACACCAAAUAUCUGGAGCGAACAUUAAAAAUGGCCAGCUACUAUAGGACUUUCAUGGACAGCUUCUGGAGCGAGAGGAUCUGGCUGCCCCCGAACACCACCUGGGCUGACAUAGCCCCCGAGUCUAGCUCGGAGAUCCAGCACGCCGACUACAGACACCUGUUCUACCCGCUGCCCAUGGCCCUCUUGAUGCUGCUCCUCAGAUACUGCCUGGAAAAGUAUUGGUUCGCCCCCGUCGGCAUGUCCCUUGGCAUCAAGAACACCAGACCAAAGAAAGCCCCUCAGAACCCCGUGUUAGAGAAAGCUUACACUCAUUCGAAGCGGUGGAAGCACAAGGAGAUACAAGGCUUGGCGAAGCAGACUGAUAUGACGGAAAGGCAAGUUGAGAGGUGGUUGAGGUUGCGCAAGGGACAGAACAAGCCUACGAUCUUGACGAAGUUCUGCGAGAAUUCCUGGAGGUGUUUGUAUUAUUCCUUUAGUUUUAUAUACGGCAUUACUAUACUGUGGGACAAGUCGUGGCUGUGGGACAUCAGUGAAUGCUGGAAUGGGUUUCCGCACCAAUCGGUGACCAGCGACAUCUGGUGGUACUACAUGGUCUCGUUAUCCUUCUACUGGUCCCUGUGCGUCAGCCAGUUCUUUGACGUUAGGCGGAAAGACUUCUGGCAGAUGUUCAUCCACCACAUCGCCGCCAUACUCCUGAUGUCCCUCUCCUGGAUGGUCAACGUCUUCCGCAUAGGCUGCCUCGUCCUGGUGGUGCACGACAGCGCCGACAUAUUCUUAGAGGGCGCAAAGAUGGCGAAGUACGCCGGGUAUCAGAAAUUGUGCGACGCCAUUUUCGCUAUUCUCACCGUCCUUUGGAUCCUGACCAGGCUGGUGAUCUAUCCGUUCUGGAUAAUUCGCAACACAUCGAUCGACGCCCCGAAGGUCGUGCCCAUGUUCCCCGCCUACUACAUCUUCAACAGCCUGCUGAUCCUGCUGCUGGUGCUGCACUGCUUCUGGACCUACCUGCUGUUGAAGAUAGCGUACAACUCGCUGAAGGCCGGUCAGAUGGAGGGGGACAUCCGUUCGAGCAGCGACGACUACAGCGAGGAGUCCAAGUCCCAAUGAUGACUAAGACUCCUAGCCAAAUAGCCGUAGUUGUUUGUGUUUCGCGUCCGGGGCCCCGUCCGACGCGAGGCCGUCUGCGACUUUCGUCCCUAGGAUAGGAUUUGCCCCGGGCGGCCCCCCCAAAGAUUAUUAUUUAUUGGAUCGGAUGUUGCAGCUUGUCGUCGUCGUCAUGACGUCCAUCGAGGAGCACGGGCCGAGGUGGCGACGUUCACUCGGCUUUCAUUAUUAAUUCAUUUAGU